AUGGAGAGAUGGCGAAUUAAUGAAUGUAUUAUAAUUGCUUUUAAUGAAUACUGUCCCGAGAAGGCGAACUUAUUCAAUGAAAAGAGUUUGUCGCAUCAGACAUUUGGUAGAAGAAUCGAUGACUUAGCUGACAGUAUUGUGGGUACAUUGCAGACUCAAUUACCUAAAUGUGUUCAAUACAGUUUAUCAUUAGACGAAAGUACUGAUGCAAAUGACACUGCACAAUUGGUUAUUUUCAUCAGAGGAAUUAAUGUCAAUUUUAAUAUGAUUGAAGAAAUGUUGGAUCUGUGUCAUAUGAAGUGUACAACAACUGGCAGAGACAUAAUUGAGCAUGUUACUUUAUCAUUAGAAAAGUUCAAUGUUGAUAGAAAUAAAAUAAAAUCGAUUAUAAAUGAUGGUGCUCCUGCAUUAACUGGUAAAAAUAAUGGGUUUAUUAUUUAUUCAAAGAAAUGGUUGAUCAUGAUAUACUUAACCAUCAUUGCUUGA